UGCUUAUGCGUAGCUUCCGAGACAAUAGUCUAAUUCGCGAAUCAAACAAGAAGGAACAGACGAUCGAGAACGAAGCUCGCCGGCGAUGGACUCGCUGGAAGCUCUACUGGCUCAAAUCCAAGGCCUCUCAAGCACCGCCGCCGACCUCUCUCACCUCCACACGGUCUUGAGGCAAGCCGAGGACUCCCUGCUCUCCGAGUUUUCUCGCCUUGCUCCUUUCCUCGCGCAGCUGGACCCCUCCAAGCACACACUCGGUUAUCUCUACGUUCUAGAGGCAUUUGCAUCUGCACCAAUAUCAAGAGAAAAAGCCAGUGAACUCUUUCCGCUCAUUGUUAGAUUCAUCAAUGCUUGUGUUGUGGAGCAGAUUCAUUUGGCACCUGAUAAAUUCAUAUUUGUUUGUAAGAAGCUGAAGGAGCAAGUCAUGCUGCUUGAGGUACCCAUACGGGGCGUAGCUCCAAUGCUGACUGCUGUUCGAAAGCUUCAGUCCUCCUCGGAACAUUUAACUGCAUUACAUCCAGAGUUUCUUCUUUUGUGUAUAUUGGCAAAGUGCUAUAAAACUGGUCUCAGUGUUUUGGAGGAUGAUAUCUUUGAGGUUGAUCAGCCUAGAGAUUUUUUCCUUUAUUGUUAUUAUGGGGGCAUGAUUUGCAUAGGACAGAAGCGCUUUCGGAAAGCAUUGGAGCUUCUCCAUAAUGUUGUAACUGCUCCAAUGACUGUCAUAAACGCCAUUGCUGUUGAAGCAUACAAAAAAUACAUACUGGUUUCGCUCAUCCAUAAUGGGCAGUUCUCUACCACAUUCCCCAAGUACACUUCUUCAGUUGCUCUAAGGAAUUUGAAGAACUUUUCUCAGCCCUAUCUUGAUUUGGCAAAUACUUACAACGCUGGAAAAAUAUCAGAACUGGAAGUUUAUGUCCAGACAAACAAGGAAAAGUUUGAUAGUGACAGCAAUCUUGGAUUGGUGAAACAAGUUGUGUCAUCCAUGUACAAGCGAAAUAUUCAGAGACUGACUCAGACGUACUUGACCCUCUCGCUAGAAGAUAUAGCCAGCACAGUACAACUGAAUAGCCCUAAGGAGGCAGAAAUGCAUGUACUUCAAAUGAUCCAAGAUGGCGAGAUAUAUGCAACAAUCAACCAGAAGGAUGGAAUGGUUAGAUUCCUAGAGGAUCCUGAGCAGUAUAAAACUUGUGAGAUGAUUGAACAUAUUGACUCGUCAAUUCAGAGGAUAAUGGCAUUGUCAAAGAAAUUGACUGCUAUGGAUGAAUUAAUGUCAUGUGAUCCUCUAUACCUGUCAAAGGCGGGCCGAGAGCGACAGAGAUUUGACUUUGAUGAUUUUGACACUGUUCCUCAGAGAUUCAACAUAUGAAUAGAUCAUGAUUCUCACUUUGAGAAGGGAUGGUAAAUUACGGCGGAGUGAUGAUAAAAAUACCUGAUGUAUUUUCAAUCAGCUCGGUAUUGUUUAUAAGGACAGUUAAAGAAACAGAAAUUUCAGCAAUCAGGCUUUUGCCUAUGUUAUAAUCAGCAAUGAGCUUUGUUUUACAUGAAAA